AUGCAUGGAGAAAGUCUGCCAACAAAGGCCCAGGGAUUACCCUACAAGCGAAGAUGGCUGCGCAAGAGUAUCCGCUUCCUGAGUGCGAACCAAGUCCAACGUUUACAUGGUCUCUGGAUGAACCCAACCGAUGGCAACAAGCGAACUGCACUUCUGGCUGCUGAUAUGUUCCUAAACAUCAAUGGACACAGGCUUCAGAACGUGCCAUUUGCGGAUGAUCCUUUCAAUAAAGCCGCCCUAGCAGACGCCCAUGUCGGACGGCCGAGCAGCUCGGAAAUUUCUACCAGUCAUUUUGCGAAGCCUCUGGAGCAGUUCACACCUUAA